AUGAUUAUUAUCACUAAUACAAUAAUAGCAUAUGAAAAGGUAACAACAGAGGAAUAUUGUCCUUUUUUACAAAAUAGGAAACCUAGAAAUAAAUCAAAAGAUGUAGAAAAAAAAGGAGGAAAUGGCAUGGACUUUAGUCCAACUGUUCAAUAUGGAAAAAAUGUAAGAACAAUUGUAAAAUGUGUAGAGUGUAACAAACCUCGUGUAUUAUAUGCUCGUCAUAAAAUAUCAGAGGAAGAAUUUCGCCUACUUCAAUCUUUUCUGGAAUCAAUAGAAUAUACCUGUGGUGUUACAUUUAAAGGCCUUUCUGAAGAUAUAGACGUUAAUGAAGAUAGUGAAAAAGAAAAUAACAAUAAAGAUGAUCCUAUAGCUGAAUUAUUCAAAAUAGUACAAAUCAACAAAAAACAUACUUGUACUUCAGUUAUUGAGAAACCAUACUUUGUAGCCAGAAUUUUUCCUCAAAUUUGUAACAUAUGUGGUAUAUCAGAGGAUUUAAUACAGGUAGAAAAUGAGUUACCAUAUUGCAAAAAAUGUCAUGUCUCAACUGGAGAAAAAAGAAAAAUAGGAAAAAGUAUUUCAGAUAUUGAGAAGCCCUCAUUUAGCUCUAUAAUUUAA